CAAACCAUCGCAUUAUAUUCAACAAAAAUAAAAGCUAAAACUACACUCUCUAGUUACACUAUCAUUUUCUCUUCACUUUGUGGUGUCUCUUUUCAUAAAGGAUCUUGGUCGCUCUCUCAGAUUUGGCCAUUUUGAAGAGUAAUGGCAGGAGGAGGAGGAGGAGGAGGAGGAAAAUCAGAUGAGCCACAACCACAUCCACCCAAGGAUCAGUUACCAAAUAUCUCUUACUGCAUUACUAGUCCACCUCCAUGGCCUGAGGCCAUACUUCUUGGUUUUCAACAUUUUCUUGUGAUGCUUGGAACAACUGUGCUUAUUCCCACUGCUCUUGUCCCUCAAAUGGGAGGUGGCAAUGAGGAGAAGGCAAAAGUGAUCCAAACAUUACUAUUUGUAGCUGGUAUUAACACAUUGUUGCAAACACUGUUUGGAACUCGACUACCUGCAGUCAUAGGAGGAUCUUAUACCUUUGUUCCGACCACAAUCUCGAUUAUUCUUGCCGGUCGAUUCAGUGGUGAACCAGAUCCCAUAGAGAAAUUCAAGAGAAUAAUGCGGGCAAUCCAGGGUGCUCUUAUUGUUGCUUCAACACUUCAAAUAGUACUAGGCUUUAGUGGCCUCUGGCGUAACGUUGCGAGGUUCUUAAGUCCUCUUUCGGCUGUUCCUUUGGUAUCUCUGGUUGGUUUCGGCUUGUACGAGUUAGGAUUUCCUGGGGUUGCUAAAUGUGUUGAGAUUGGACUGCCAGAACUUGUAUUGCUAGUAUUUGUCUCACAGUAUGUGCCCCAUGUGUUAGGUUCCGGGAAGCAUAUCUUCGACCGUUUCGCAGUCAUUUUUACAGUUGUAAUUGUGUGGGUAUAUGCUCAUAUACUCACCGUCGGAGGGGCCUAUAACAAUGCCGCACCCAAAACACAGUUGUCCUGCCGCACCGACCGUGCUGGACUUAUUAAUGCAGCUCCUUGGAUAAGAGUUCCAUAUCCCUUCCAAUGGGGAGCACCUUCGUUUGAUGCAGGAGAAGCCUUUGCCAUGAUGAUGGCCGCUUUCGUUGCUCUUGUAGAGUCCAGUGGAGCUUUUAUUGCUGUAUAUAGGUAUGCCAGUGCAACUCCUUUACCUCCCUCUAUUCUCAGUAGGGGUAUCGGCUGGCAGGGAGUUGGCAUUCUGUUAUCGGGGUUGUUCGGAACUGUGAAUGGAUCCUCAGUAUCUGUAGAAAAUGCAGGCCUUUUGGCUUUGACCAAAGUUGGAAGCAGAAGAGUUGUGCAAAUAUCUGCCGGAUUUAUGAUUUUCUUUUCAAUACUUGGGAAAUUUGGAGCGGUUUUCGCAUCGAUCCCGCCUCCCAUUGUUGCUGCUCUUUACUGCUUGUUCUUUGCUUAUGUCGGUGCUGGGGGUAUAAGUUUCCUUCAGUUCUGCAAUCUCAACAGUUUUAGGACAAAGUUCAUACUAGGCUUCUCUGUGUUCCUUGGCUUGUCAGUGCCUCAGUACUUCAAUGAGUACACAGCAAUUAAUGGUUUUGGACCAGUCCACACUGGUGCCAGAUGGUUCAAUGAUAUAAUAAAUGUGCCAUUCCAAUCAAAGCCAUUUGUUGCGGGUGUUGUGGCAUAUUUCCUAGACAACACACUACACAAGAGAGACGGUGCUAUAAGAAAAGACAGAGGAAAACAUUGGUGGGACAAGUAUAGGUCUUUCAAGGGUGACUCAAGAAGUGAGGAGUUUUAUUCACUUCCUUUCAAUCUAAACAAGUACUUCCCAUCUGUUUAAUUUGUUUGAUUCAAGCUUAUUAUAACUUGCUCUCUCUCACAUUCACCAAAUGUAAAACAUUCUAUUUUUGUUGCUGGUGUUUUUAUGUAUAUUCUAGUCAAGAAAAUGGAUUCA